CUACAGAGCGGAGGACGUAGUCAAUGCCUCGCUCACGUCAAGCGCUGUGUUUGUUACGAAUCUAGUCUGCAUCGCGCUGUUGAACGUAACGGACGUACGCGACGCUCUCUGUUUUUAUUUAAAACUGAAAUUAAACAACGUUAAAUUAUUUUUUUAGUGUAUUAGUAAUUUAUCUAAAUAAAUUUGCAUUCCAAUAUAGAAAGCAUUCGCUUGCUGUACCGUAAAGUUAAAUUUAGUGAUUGUAACGGUUUCAAAUUUUAAUAAGCGAACUUCAUGAACUGUGAUCGUGUUUUUGACCGUUUCGUACUUCAAUAAAACGAUUGGACUCAACGUAUGCGACGGGUAGAAAUGAGCGGAUUGACCGUCAGAGUUAAAAGGGGAUCGAGGGGUAGUGCCACACUUCUUGAAGCAGCUAACAGAAUUCUGCGACUACUCGGCGUGAGCUCCGCCAAGCGCGGGAAACAGCCCUCGCCCAAAUCUAAGCCAAACGGCCGAGCCGGAAGCGAAGUUCGCGCUCCAAUAGCGACGUCCGAGUCCGCGGCGGAGUCGCCGGUUAGGAUGCAGGCGUCGCAGGCGGCUGCAGCCUCGGCGCCCGCGCGUCCCGCGGCGCCCGCGCCCGCUCACCCCUACAGGCCCACCAAACGCACUGCCAAAGAUUACAUAUUCGGCAAACUGAUUGGCGAAGGCUGCUACAGCACUGUAUUUCUCGCGAAGGACAUUCACACCGGAAAGGAAUAUGCAAUCAAGGUAUGCGAGAAACUUCAUAUAAUAAGACACAAGAAACGGGAAUACAUAAAACGCGAGAAAGAGGCCCUAAACAAGCUGUUCAAUGCGCCACAUGGUUUCGUGAAGCUGUAUUGCACGUUCCAGGACGACGAGAGAUUGUAUUUCGUCUUGUCGUACGCCAAGAAUGGCGAACUGUUGCCUUAUAUAAAUAAAGUAGGCUCCUUCGAGCUUAACGUAGCUAAAUUUUAUGCUGCCGAACUAUUGUUGGCACUAGAAAGAAUGCACGCUGAAGGUAUUAUUCACCGUGAUCUGAAACCGGAAAACAUAUUAUUAGAUGAAAAUAUGCAUUUACAAAUAGCCGAUUUCGGGACGGCUAAAAUAUUGCCUCCCGAAGAGAUUAGAUCGAACGCGCCGUGCACGGUUCCGGCGGAGACGGACGACGAUAGCCCCGGCAAAAAUGACCGCUCUAGAAAAAUAAGUUUCGUGGGAACCGCACAGUACGUGAGCCCAGACCUGCUGCAGAAUCGCGUGAACACGCGCGCCUCCGACUUGUGGGCCUUCGGCUGCAUCGUCUACCAGAUGAUAUCGGGCCUGCCGCCAUUCCGCGCCGCCGCCGAGUUCCUCACCUUCCAGAAAAUACUCAAAAUGGAUUAUGAGUUUCCUGAAGGCUUCCCGGCAGACGCCAAGGAUUUAGUUGAGAAACUAUUAGUUUUAGAUCAUACAAAGAGGCUAGGGGCCGAUGACAAGGGUACCAAUUAUGAGAGCAUCCGCAACCACCCAUUCUUCGAGGGCAUCGACUGGGACAACAUCUGGGAACAGACGCCGCCGACCAUCAGCCCGUACUUGCCCGGCGGUUCCUUCGAGGCGGCCGAGGAGUACACGGUGCCUGACCACCUCGAGCCCGGCCUCGGAAAUAAUCAACUCGUCCGCCUUUGGGAAUUUGACUUAUCGACCUCUGGAGGAAUUUUAAACAUAAGCCCUGAAGAAAGACGUCGCCGUCUUGAGGUUCAAGCCCGUGAAAACAAAUGGCAUCAAUUCGUCGCCGGAGAAUUGAUAUUGAAGCAGGGACUCGUGGAAAAGAGGAAGGGCCUGUUUGCGCGCCGCCGCAUGCUGCUUCUCACCACCGGUCCCCGCCUGUUCUACGUCGACCCAGUCAACAUGGUUCUCAAGGGAGAAAUACCCUGGUCGCCAGAGCUACGUGUCGAAGCAAAGAACUUUAGAAUAUUUUUAGUACACACGCCGAACCGCACAUAUUACUUAGAAGACCCGGAGUCGUACGCACUGGAGUGGGCGCGCGUCAUAGACGAGGUGCGCAUCGGCACAUAUGGUCGCGACACGACCUAAGCGCCGGCGCCGCCCAGUGCACACUCCUAGGACAUUAACUAGCCUUCAUUUCGAGCACGAGAAUCAUCUAGAAGAAAAUUCGCCGCGACGGUACGCCUAGCAAAUGCCAUGAAAUGGAAAGGGGCGGAAUCGCACGCGAAGCGUCGCCGCUCCGAGCGCCGCGUCCGCUACGGAGCGCCCGCCCGCGCGCGCCACCACCGUGCGCCGUGGACGGUAGCGGACGGCCAGUGACGGUGGCGCACGGUGGCUGACGGUUGCGCACAGUGGCGGACGGUGGCGGCCGAGCGCGGCGCGGACGACUGCAGACGAGCGCGCCGCGGCCGCGUGCGCGUGCGCGUGAUCGUGAUAGUGGACCGAGACAUUCGCUCCGUGUCGAUACUGAAUGACUGAUUCCUAUUAGUAUGUCCCGACUAUCUUAAAUUAUUCUAAUUUAAGUUAAUUAUUUAAAUGUGGAUAUAUCGAUGAUGUGUAAAUAUUUGUCGUAAAUUAUUAACGCAAAUCUUUUAGAUGUAACAUGUAAAGGGGCCGUUGUAACUUAAUACCGGCCUUUGUAGAAUGGACUUGUUAUCUCACCACCCGCGUGUUCACGAAGCCCAUUCCAGUUGGUAACUAGGCAAUUUGUAGCUAAAUUAUUAUUAUUAUUUAUUUUAAUUAUAAUGGUUUGCCAACGGAAUGUGACUGUUGUACAGAAAUUAAACUAGAAAAUAUCGAUCUGUUUCCAAUUCCCACGAGACGUUAGCUCGGUGUGUGUCGUGUCGGUGACGUCACAAUAGCGCGUAUGUGGUCACUGUUUGUUGCUAAGCACAGACAGGCGAAUUUAUAUUCCGAAAUUGAAGUCGACGGAUGAAAUAUACGCGCAUACUAUUGACAUACGUUAAAAUACUCAACGGCAAAAAUGUGCUGCGGCUAGUAAAUAUUAGAAAAACAUUUGUUGAGACAAUUUCGGUUGUUUCCACCUGUGAUCCAACCCCUAAAGGGGCAGUGAUCUAGUUUAUUAUUUAUGCAAUGCUGCGUCGUUGGGAUUGGAAA